CAGAUUUUCUCAUUUUACACCUGUGAAGUUUCUACAACCCCAAAAUGGCAACAAAUAAGCCAAAAGGACAAAAUUCGUUGGCUUUACACAAAGUCAUCAUGGUGGGAAGCGGUGGUGUGGGCAAAUCUGCUUUAACGCUGCAGUUUAUGUAUGAUGAGUUUGUAGAAGAUUACGAGCCCACCAAAGCAGACAGCUACAGGAAAAAAGUAGUUCUGGAUGGGGAAGAAGUACAAAUUGAUAUAUUGGACACAGCAGGGCAGGAGGACUAUGCUGCAAUUAGAGAUAACUACUUCCGAAGUGGAGAAGGUUUUCUUUGUGUCUUCUCUAUUACAGAGCUGGAGUCCUUUGCAGCUACCGCAGACUUUAGGGAGCAGAUUUUAAGAGUAAAAGAAGAUGAGAAUGUCCCUUUUUUGCUAGUUGGUAACAAAUCAGAUCUGGAAGAUAAAAGGCAAGUUUCUGUAGAAGAAGCAAAAAACAGAGCUGAUCAGUGGAAUGUUAACUAUGUGGAAACUUCUGCAAAAACACGAGCUAAUGUUGACAAGGUAUUUUUUGACUUAAUGAGAGAAAUUAGAGCCAGAAAAAUGGAAGACAGCAAAGAGAAGAAUGGGAAGAAGAAAAGAAAAAGCCUAGCUAAGCGAAUCAGAGAAAGAUGUUGCAUUUUAUAAUCAAAACCCUCAAUUCCUUUCCUGCCCUGACCAUACUAAUAAAAACCAUAAUUUAUAAGCAUGCCAUUGAAGGCGCAAGUGACUGAAAUUACUCUAACAUGUUGGAAAUUGUAAUGUACCACUAAAAGCAUGAAUUGGAUCUGCACUGAAAGUCAAAUUCACUGAAAAAAAAAUGAUGUGGCUUCAAGAGAAGCAAAGUUCAGUCCAUUUCAUAAUUGCCUACCUUAUCACAUUUCUUCUGAAUGUAGUUUUUCAUAGGCAGUCUUUUCUUUAAUAGAGGGGGGAAGUAUUUCUUUGUGGAUCUUGUAAAGCAUACUUUUUUAUCAUUGAUAAUUGUCGAUUCAUCCUGUCUUCUGCUGCCUUGAAAAUUCCAGUUGUGACCACGAUACCCAACGAAGCCGAAUGCCGCCGUUGAGCCAUGGAGUUAGGCAGAUUGGAAAAGAAUAAUGUCUAUGCGAGAAGUUACCUUGGGAGCAAUUAUAUGUGGUUCUGCGUUAUCUGAUUAACCUAGAAGAGUGAAGUAAUCUUUUGCAUUGGAACAUUUGAAUAUGCCUUAAUUUUAAAACCUAAACAUAGCAGGUUGCGUAGUCAAGGGUGUAUUUUCAACGUGUUGCAUGGAGACUGUCCCUGUACAUCAGUAUGAGGCUGUCCUCUCGCUGGAGUGCAGGUCUGGGAAUGAUUUUGCUCACUAGCUGUCUGCUAGCAGUGUCUGUUCUUUAAAUGUGUGCCAUACUCGGGUUUUGUGAAUGCUACAGAGCAUCAUCUGUCUGCUGUAUCUUAGUAAACAAUAUGGUAUCUUAAAGCUAAAAGGUCAGAAUACGUGUAAGAUUGAUGCAUAUAAGUCAUAAGCAUACGGCACAGGUAAGCCUGGAAAUGGAUGUUUAACCCUUACUGUGCUGGUACCUUGAAACUUCCCUUUCACGAGUAGUUUUUGUCUAGGUGUCCCGUGGGUUUUAACUCCCUGGGUUUGGGUGGAGUGGAGCGGAUUCCGUAGCGCUAACGUGUUUGGAGUUCCRAUGUUGUCUGGGAAAUUCUGGUGUCAUCAGCAGAUUCCUUUGGCCUUCCUAACCCUCGCCUAUGGGAAGCACGGUGUGUUAUGCUGAAGCCCUUUGCAGGUUUUGUACUGUUUAGUCUAGUUCAUGUUGAUUUAAAACGGGAACAUUGUAGCUACUUUUUUUCUAGUUAAUGUUGAUAUUAAACAAUCAAAUACGCUUUGCAAUACAGAAACGUUUACCACGUGCAUCCAAAAUCCCCAAACAAAUCGUGCUGCCUCAUUUGCUUCAGGACAGCAAGGAUCCUAGCACACGGUUAGCGUGCUGCAUCUCGCCCAAAAAUACACCGGGAUGUUUGAGGGUUUUGGACUUCUCUGGGGUAAGACAGACUAGAUAAUUCCACAAAUUGUUAGACUUUUUAUACAUGAGUAAGCCUAAAACUGACAGUUUGAAAUGUGCUCAAGCAAACUAGGUAACAAAUAUUAAACUUUCAAGCUAACAGACGUUUUAGGGACUCAACUCUUAGAAGUUCUAUUUGUCAUGUUAAAUAUUUAUCAAUAGGAAUUUUGUAUGUGCAUUUAGUAGACUGCCAAGUGCAGGAUUGAAGUUACCCAUGUAACUAUGGCAAAUAAGCCAGUCUUCAUCUUACUGUGUACUCAUUUUGGUCUGUUUAGCCAGGGAGUCUAACCACUAAUGUUGUGACUUUGCUUUGGAACCUGUAUACUGGGAACUGAGGUGUUAUGAAGCCACCAGACACAGGAAACUGGUCUUGGCUGAUGCCUAACCUGUCCUUUUAUUUGCUAUUUGAGCCAUUGAAAGAUGAAUAAACUUCCAUUU